AUGAAUCCUCGAAAGUCGCGGAAAGGAUUAGGAAAAGCAGGGAAGAAGCGCCGUCACAGGCGUAUUCUUCGCAACAAUAUUACAGGAAUCACGAAGUCUACAAUUCGUAGUCUAGCACGCCGAGGAGGAGUAAAACGUAUAUCGGCAUUAGUUUACAGCGAAAUUCGUGAUGUGCUUAAAACUUUUCUUGAAAAUGUGUUGCAUGAUGCUGUUAUUUAUACUCAAUUUGAAAAAAGAGACGUGGUGCAUACAUUAGAUGUUAUUUACGCCUUAAAAAGACGUGGUCAUACACUUUAUGGAUUUGACAAGUAA